AGCUUUUCAUAUGUGACUCCCGUUAGCUAGCCAAGCCGGUAAAAGAAACUGCGCGUUGUCAUUACUGUCACUGAGAGUAAGUGAUGUUCAGAUUUGAGGCGGAAGUUGUGGAACGUCUACGUCCCCCGAUUGCGUGCGUGCGCGUGUGUGUCUCUCUGUGUGUGUGUGUGUGUAGCGGCUAGUGAGCCUGUGAAGUGAUGGCAGGGGAAGAGUCGACUCUCAGAGAGGAAUGAGAACUUGUUGGGGAUGGCGGACAAACCUCCGUCAUUGAUUUUGAAGCUAUUUGCGGCUGCAUUUUACGGUCUGAGCUCGUUCCUAAUCGUCGUGGUGAACAAAAGCGUCCUCACUAACUACAGGUUCCCCUCUUCGAUAUGUGUCGGAAUUGGACAAAUGUUGGCCACGGUGGUUGUGCUGUGGGUGGGCAAGGCUGCGAGGGUGAUCACCUUCCCAGACUGUGAUGAGAGCAUACCUCGGAAGACGUUUCCUCUACCUCUCCUUUAUGUGGGAAAUCAAAUCACUGGUCUGUUUGGAACCAAAAGGCUGAAUUUGCCGAUGUUUACUGUCCUCAGGAGGUUCUCCAUCUUAUUCACAAUGAUGGCUGAGGGACUUCUGCUCAAGAAGAAAUUCUCCAGGCCAGUCCAACUGACAGUAUUUACAAUGAUCCUUGGGGCGUUUAUAGCCGCCAGUGCUGACUUAUCCUUUGACCUGCAAGGCUAUGUGUUUAUUCUUCUCAAUGAUGUGCUGACUGCAGCCAACGGAGCCUACGUAAAACAAAAAUUAGAUGCAAAGGAGCUGGGGAAAUAUGGACUGUUGUAUUAUAAUGCAUUAUUUAUGAUCAUUCCCACUAUACUGUUGGCUCAUGUGACUGGAGAUAUGCAGAAGGCAGUGGAAUAUGAUGGUUGGUCAGAUGUAUUUUUCCUCAGUCAGUUCGUCCUCUCUUGCAUCAUGGGGUUUGUUCUGAUGUAUUCCACUGUGCUUUGUACACAGUACAACUCUGCAUUAACAACUACGAUUGUGGGCUGUAUAAAGAAUGUCUUGGUGACAUACAUUGGAAUGGUGUUCAGUGGAGACUACAUUUUCUCUUGGACUAACUUCAUAGGAUUGAAUAUCAGUAUCGCAGGCAGCCUGGUGUACUCCUACAUCACUCUCACAGAGGAGCAGUCCAACAAAGCAAGUGAAAGUGCCAAACUGGACAAGGUGGUUGUAUGACAGAGACACUGGAUUUUAUUAUUUUUUUGUUGAUGAACAGGAAAACUCUAUUUUUGGUACUUUACUAUUUCUAUUUAUGGAGUAUUUUAACAGCAAAGGUCCGAAUGGAAACGAUGUUCUGACAACUUCCUUUGUCUGUUGUGGAAAUGUUGCCAUGGUUUCAAAUCUGCCAGAGGGAUUGUGGGUUGGUUUUUAGAUGGUGUCUUCUUUUUAAAUAUUUCUAUUUUGAUACUUUACAUGUAAGUAUUGAGAAGAAGGGAAACAUGGAACCAGUAUUAUUUAUAUCACAGUGUUUCCUGACAUUUAGACAAAGUGAACGUUUAAAAUUAGAUAAUCGGAUGAAGUAACGUUUCCUGAACACAGGAGUAAACAGCUGGAAUGAUCAUUGGUUUUAAGGUGUGUGUGUACUCAUGAAUCCUGGGAACAGUAAGUAAUGAUUAUUUUAAAGGCACAAUCCUUAUUCUUAUUGACAUUUUUGGUUUGUUGUUUACAAGGAAUGUAACAUAAGAUGCGUUUUAAGCACAGUAAGACGCACUGACACUCUUUAUCUGUUGUUUUGGUUAUUUUAUACAUUUCUUUUAAUUUUUUGUGCGCACACUGUUAAAAGCUUGUUACAGAUGAACAGUAUUGGCAUGAUUUAACCUCAUCCUUCAAACAACCAAAGGGGACUGGGCAGUGGGCUGCCAGAUCCCAUCAAGGAUUGUGGCUUUAAAUAAUGAUGCUGCCUCUUUUAGGGAAAUAAUUAAAGAUUACAGUUUACAUGUUGCUCCCUCAGUAUUACUAAAUGGUUGUUGUGUAUUCUCCCAGGCUGUAACUGGUUCUCUCUAUGCAGAAUUAACUUAUGGUUUGUUAUUUGUAGAGAGGGAUCCAUUUGUUCUUUAUUCUUGAUACGAUGUUAUCGCACUUUUUACUGAGGUAGCACCUGCAAAAAGGGUGAAACUGAAUUGCCUCAUCUCCUGUUACAUACAUUGUUGACAUUGAGAUUAUUAUGCUUUCCUGAAAUCUUCCUUUCAGGUUUUUUUUAAGUAUUACAAGAGAAACACAGUUUUCUACACCUUAACAGUCAGGUACGUGUGUUUUUUUUUUUUGGGGGGGGGGGUUGUUUGUUUUGUUUUUUGUUUUUUUUUUUUGCAUUUUUAUCUACAUCAUUUUAUAUUUAUUCCUUUUUUAGACUAAUAUUCAUUUUGUAGGUGGUGUGUGCAUUGUUGAUGCUGAUUUCAUCUCAAAAACAGUGACCAUUGACUUGUAGCAAUGAUCUAUUUUUAAACAAUAAUAUUAAAAAAAAAAAACAACCCUCUGA